UCCUGGCACAAUACACUCCGUUCGGGUAAGAACACCAUCUACAAAAACGCUCUCUGGAUUCGCGGAUUUACGAGAACGCCAAAACGGGAAUUAAUUAAGCUUUGGUGAGCUGUAGUCCUCCGGUUGUUGGAUUGUUUAUAUUUAAUAUGAAUCUGUUUCAUGUAUUUCGGGUCUACGGGUACUGUGCAACUUCUAAAAAAAAGAAAGAAAGAAAGAAAGAAAGAAAGAGAAAGAGAAAAAAACGGGAAUCUGUCUUUGGAUCGGUACUCACAUGUCAGCACAAGAUGUUAGCCACAAGAUCCGGACACCUGCUUAGGCCGUGCAGACUUGUGAUCUGUUCGCCCAACAAAGGCAAGCUCUUUUCAAGCCCAGUCUCCCAAAGUGCCGAAGACGGGCAUGAGUUCAAGCGUCUUUGGCCGGCCUAUAGAGAGGAGGAGAUGUUCAAAGCAGCACACGACAUAGGAUGCAAGACUCUUAAUGCAGUCUACAGAUACAACACCGUCAAACCCUUGGACCCUGGACACGUUGAGCAAGCCCUGAGGCACUUUCAGAGAAACGUCCUCAACUCUCGGUGCUUCUUCAAGGAGCGAGACGGGAAGUUGUGGGUUUGUGAGGACCUGAAUCCUGACGUCGAUUUCGAGUAUUUGGAAGGCGCGGAGAGCAGUGCCAUCAUAAACGAACACAUAAACAAGCCUUUCAGAGGCGAUCGUUCGCCAACCUGGAAAGCGAGACUGGUUCCCGUGCCCGCCGAUGCCCCCUGCGCCAUGCCCGAAAUACAGGCAGCUUUCCCCCACCAGUACGACCUCGUCUUCAUGCCCCACCACUCAUUCAUGGACGGGCUCACCGUGGCUCAUGCCACCGGCAAACUUGUGGGACUGCUGAACGACCUCAUAGCCGGACGACCCGUAAACGACGAGCCCUUUGGGGUCUACCUGAACAAUGAGGAAAUUGGCAAGAUUGAUGAAGGGAUCGCCAAGGACCUCGAGAAGGAACCCGAGAAGCUGGAGUCAGCAAAGCAAGAGCUCCUGGCAUGUGACACCCCGCCCAUCCUCUGCAAGGCCUUCCCGCCCCCUGGAGGGAAACCGGCAACCAAAUUUGUCUAUGAGAUUAUCAAUCAGAAAUCCUUGGCUUCCUUCACGGCGAAGUGCAAAGCCAAUGGCGUCACCUUCAACAGCGGACUGGAGGCUGUGAUCAAUACCGCUAUUAUUGAGAUGGUGCGGGAGGCGGGCGUGGAGGGGGAGUCUCACCACAUGAGCAUCCAUUUGGCUACGGAUCUGAGACGCUACAUGAAGCGCCGCCCCCUCCUAAUAUAUGGCGUGCAUGUGCGUCCUACUGUGCACAGGAUAGAGACGCCUUUCGAUGUUCGGGACGACUUCUGGGACUACACCAGGAAGCUCCAUCAGAGGCUCUCCAUUCUUCUGAAGUCCGGCGAAGCCCUUCAGCAGACCGUAGUGAGGGAGAUGACCUUGCCGGAGCUCUCUCCAGUGGAAUACCACGCAGCAGGACCCAAACCCCUGCGUGAAUAUGGCCUCACUAACGUUGGGGAUCUAACGCCCAUUAUGCCAGGCGUCGGGGAACACCUCCAGCAGACAAACGUUUCCAUCUUUGGUAGUGCACACUUCUUUGGGUUUCCGAUGUUUCAUCAAACCUGCGCCUUCCGAGGACAUAUGCCCUACACAAUUGGCUACGACACGUCCUACAUAGCAAAGGAGACUGCUGGAGCACUAAUGGACAGGAUUGUGACGCUUAUGCACGAUCUUGGGACAUCGCCCUAAGAAGCUAGAAAAGAGGGGGUUCAGAAACAGGUGUGACCAGACUGGAAACUUUAUUUGUGUAUACCCUCUUUCCUCCACACUUUUCUUAGAGAAACGGUAUAACUCCAAGACAUUACAGAAUGUAUAAAUGGAGAGAAAAGGAAAACCUGGGACCAGAACACCCUACCAUACCAAUACCGAAGAAAAACUACC